GUGUAUUAUUUCCUGUGCCUCCUGGACACAUGACGAAUACAACGUGAAAGUAGUCUCAGCCAGGCCUCACAAGUGCAUGUGUUUUAAGGUCCCCAAAAGAGCUCUCCUUUAAAACACCAAGGAGCACAUCAGGGGACGCCAAACCAUUUGACUCCCUUGCCAGACAUCUCGGCUCACUCCACAAUCAAUGGUGCUCGCAAUCGGAUGCACUUUUAGGCCAUUUAGGAGACAAAUAGCACAGGAAAAGCAGUGCGCACCGCUCCACCCGACAGUCGAACGGUGAGGUUUUGAGCGAGUCGCAGCAAAAUGCACGGGGCUUCUGCAGCCCACAUGACUUUAUUCUGAACGGACACAAGUCUGCUCGCUGGGCCGUUCGCUUUUGGGCCAAAAACACGGCUCCGUCGGUGACUUUUGGCCCGAUAUUGGCGACCAGAAAACACAAGUGAAAGAGCAUUUGGCCAGCCCGGAGAAGCCGAGCUGGGUGGCUUGAGUCUACAUGGUUCUCAUGUCGCGUUUAAGGCCAGCCCCCUGCACGGUGUGGAGCUUCAAUAGCGCAGAGCAGCGUCUACAGCAAAGUACUCCUCCUCACAGACUACCGUAGUGUUGUAAGUGUGUGUGUUUACCGGACCCAACGACAGACAUGGCAGAAGUCGCACCAGCACCCGCCGCCGCCGCGCCGGCCAAGGCACCCAAGAAGAAGGCAGCAGCCAAGCCCAAGAAAGCGGGACCCAGCGUAGGCGAGCUCAUCGUCAAGGCGGUGUCCGCCUCCAAGGAGAGGAGCGGCGUGUCCCUGGCCGCGCUCAAGAAGUCUCUGGCGGCAGGCGGCUACGACGUGGAGAAGAACAACUCCCGUGUCAAGAUCGCCGUCAAGAGCCUCGUCACCAAGGGCACCCUGGUCCAGACCAAGGGCACCGGUGCUUCCGGCUCCUUCAAGCUCAACAAGAAGGCCGUCGAGGCAAAGAAGCCCGCCAAGAAAGCCGCAGCCCCCAAAGCUAAGAAGGUGGCCGCCAAGAAGCCCGCCGCCGCCAAGAAGCCCAAGAAGGUAGCAGCCAAGAAGGCCGUGGCCGCAAAGAAGUCCCCCAAGAAGGCCAAGAAGCCCGCUACACCCAAAAAGGCCGCCAAGAGCCCAAAGAAGGUGAAGAAGCCCGCCGCAGCGGCCAAGAAAGCGGCCAAGAGCCCCAAGAAGGCUACCAAGGCAGCGAAGCCCAAAGCCGCCAAGCCCAAGGCAGCCAAGGCCAAGAAGGCAGCCCCCAAGAAGAAGUAAACCUAUUACAAACAGUGUUCUUUCUACUCGACACAUGUUGUUACCACAAAAGGCUCUUUUAAGAGCCACCCA